AUGACUUAUAACAAUUCCGUUCUUAUUGGAAAUUGGAGCGAAGAAAGACUUAAAAAUGAGUACGAAUUUAAGCUAUUUUUAAGAAAACGCGACCGACGUGAACUGUUACUUCAGCGAUCUAGAACAUUAUUCAGCAAUUUAUUGAGUGAGAGGCCUUUGGCGAUAAGUGGAACUUACGUGCUCUAUGGAUUUAAUGUGCAAGUAGUUGCAUCGGAUAUGCCAGCAUCAUCGAAGAUGGUGGGUGGUAAGAAACAACAUGGCUUAGCAAUGUCCAUUCUUGUGAUGGAUCGUCAGGUGGACUACAUGCAGAACAUAACUGAUGGCUGUCUUAUGACCCUUUCGCCUAUUACCACACCUUGUUGUCGGAACACAUUCGUUAUUAUCAGCGCAAAAAAUGAAAAAGAUCGUGGAAGCAAAAUGAAAUACGGCCAUGAAUUCCUACUAAGGGCUGAGAAUUACGGAGAUCCUAACGCACCGCCUUUAUACGUCCGGUACACACCAUCAAGCACGCCUUCCCCUGCAGACCGUAUGCCAUUGCGCCUGAGUGCCGUCAAAGACAGCAACUGUCGUUUCACUACAUUGCCGCUGUUGCCAUGCGAUAGACUUGAAGGAUUGGGGACUCCAGUAAAGACUGGUGCCAGGCUCAUAAUUAAAAACUGCGUCUCAGACACGAGUUUGUGUGUUAUGAAUCAAAAUUGGAUGCAAACAUUUUUUGGACCGGAGUGCGGAGUGAAUUGCAGGGACUACACUGACAUUCACGGAAGAUUUACAGCUGAAAAUGUGUUCACUCUUGUCAGUGAUGUAGAAACUAAGACCAAGGAUUGA